AUGUCGGACAUCGCUUUGAACACCCGCGGUAGGAACCGCCAAACUAUGAGUGAAGCAUUGGCCACAGGACGCCGUUCACCUUCAGCUCCACCACGUACAACGCUACCAGAGCAACAAGAAGCGCAGCAAGCGCAGCAAGAACAACAGGACACAGAGCGGACAGAGCGGACAACGCUCCAUGACGAGCUACUAGCUACCAGUAUGACGGAGCUACAAGAGCGCUUUGAUCAGCAAAGGGCUGAAGACAGAGCGCAGCACCAACAAGAGCGCAACAGAGACAUUGCGCAACACCAACAAGAGCGUGAACAAGACAUUGCGCAGCGCACAAAGGAUCAGGCUAAGAUCCAGGAACUGGGUUCCACUAUCCAGCGUAUGGAACAGAUGCUGGCGCGAGCACUAUCAGCGCCUGCUCCACAACAGCAGCAUGAAGAAGAGGAACCACCACAGCGUACGAGAGCUACUAUCAGCCCCUAUACGCGCGAGACUACGCGCGAGCCUGCCGCAGAGACGCCAGCUCGACUCCGUGUAGAAGACUUCCCUAAGUAUGAUGGAUCAUAUAAAGGCAAGCGUGACGUGGACACGUGGCUUGAACAAGUCACAGCUAUCUAUGAGUUCUCCGGUCAAACGGAGAGUCAGCUACUGAAGCUUAUUCCACGUCUGCUAGAGCACAGCGCACGCAAUUGGUUUGUCGGCCUGAAGGAUCAGCGCUAUGACUACCAUACGUGGGGCAACUGGCAGGAUGCCUUCCGUAACGCGUUCAGAGCACCCAACUACUUGGAUCAGAUCCACAUGGAGCUCUCUCGACGCCGUCUGCGUCCAGAUGAACCGUUCUCCACAUACUUCCAGGACAAGCUCAAUCUCAUCAACAAGCGCUAUAGUAAUGGGCUGAAGACGUCGAUGAAGAUCCAAGAGAUCAUCAUGGGUAUGCCAAUCAGCAUGCACCCGUUCAUUCACUCGUCUGUCAACACCUCAACUACGCUGGAAGAGUUCCGUCGACUUAUCAUGAACCUUGAAGAUGGCCUGCGCGCCAAUAGCUUCAACAACCCAACAUAUAAGACGUAUCAGGGAUACCGUCAGGACACGGACAGAGCGCCGCCGCGCAAGGAGCGCUAUCAGAGCUAUGAGCCUCGCCCGCAUCAACCACCACGUCAGAACUAUCAGCAAAGGACCAGUGCAAGUCCACCAUAUCAGAAACACCAGGGUUAG